UUUAAACACGUGGUUUGUUUAUUUUUGCACUUGCAGUUAAAUAUUUGUUCGGUCGUCAAUGAGAAUUUUAUUUUGAAAGUACUAAUCGGAAGUCUUAUGUUUCCCCUUGCCUGGACCUUUUGACAGUGAGAGAAGUGCGUAUUUGUUUGCAAGAGUUGUGUGAUAGACAGUGACCUGUCUUCUGAAAAUAUCGGACAAUGGCCUCCAGCGGCGGAAUUCAGAUCCCGAGCCGUCUCCCGCUGCUGCUGUCCCAUGAAGGGGUGCUCCUCCCGGGCUCCACCGUCAGGUUCAGCGUGGACUCUCCACGGAACAUGCAGCUGGUCAGCCAGCGGCUGUUGAGGGGGACUUCUCUGAAAAGCACAAUCAUAGGAGUGAUUCCCAACACCAGAGACCCAGAGCACGACACCGACGACCUACCAACAUUGCAUAAGAUUGGUACAGCGGGAAUAGCAGUGCAGGUGGUGGGCAGCAACUGGCCAAAGCCCCACUACACCCUCCUCAUCACUGGAUUGUGCCGCUUUCGUGUAUCAAGUCUUCUUAAGGAGCGACCCUUUCUCCUUGCAGAGGUGGAGCAGCUGGAUAAACUUGAGCAGUACACGACCCCUUCUGGCACAGCAGAAGAUGGAGAGCUGGGGGAGCUGUCUCAGAAGUUCUACCAGGCUGCGGUACAGUUGUUAGGUAUGUUGGACAUAUCAGUUCCAGUGGUGGCUAAGUUCAGGCGUCUGUUGGACAGUCUGCCGAGGGAAACGCUGCCUGAUGUGGUAGCCUCCAUGAUCCGCACCUCAAACAAGGAGAAACUACAGGUCCUGGAUGCAAUUACAUUGGAGGAGCGAUUUAAGAAGGCUCUGCCCAUGUUGACCAGACAGAUAGAGGGACUGAAACUGCUGCAGAAAACCAGGAAAAUAAGUCCUGACAACGAGAAGAGGGUGCUAUCGGUGCGCAAAGGUGGAAUUUUCCCGGGCCGGCAGUUCAACCUGGAUGAGGAAGAUGAAGACGAGGAUGGCGAUGACACUGCGGCCUUGGAGAGGAAGGUCCAUGGGGCCAAGAUGCCUGAAGCUGCGCUUAGAGUUUGCCUCAAAGAACUCAAGAGACUGAAGAAGAUGCCUCAGUCCAUGCCUGAGUAUGCCCUGACCAGAAACUACUUGGAUCUGAUGGUAGAGUUGCCGUGGAGCAAAAGCACCAAAGAUUGCCUGGACAUCCGAGCUGCUCGCACUUUAUUGGACAACGAUCACUAUGCCAUGGACAAGCUGAAGAGACGCGUGCUGGAGUACUUGGCUGUUAGACAGCUGAAGACUUCCCUAAAGGGCCCCAUCCUCUGCUUCGUGGGGCCCCCAGGAGUCGGUAAGACCAGUGUGGGACGCUCCAUUGCCAGGACUCUUGGCAGAGAGUUUCACCGCAUCGCUUUGGGAGGCGUCUGUGACCAGUCUGACAUCCGAGGACACAGGCGCACAUAUGUCGGGAGCAUGCCGGGCCGCAUCAUCAAUGGUUUGAAGACGGUGGCCGUCAAUAAUCCAGUGUUCCUCCUGGACGAGGUAGAUAAGCUGGGGAAGAGCCUGCAAGGAGACCCUGCAGCUGCACUGCUGGAGGUUCUGGACCCAGAGCAGAACCACAGCUUCACAGACCAUUACCUCAACGUGGCCUUUGACCUCUCCCAAGUGCUCUUUAUUGCCACUGCAAACACCACGGCGACCAUUCCCCCUGCCCUGUUAGACAGGAUGGAGGUGCUGCAGGUACCAGGCUACACUCAGGAGGAGAAAGUGGAGAUAGCUCACCGUCACCUGAUCCCAAACCAGCUGGAGCAGCAUGGAUUAACUCCUCAACAGCUGCAUAUACCACAGGACACCACACAGAAUAUAAUCAGCAGAUACACCCGUGAGGCAGGUGUGCGCUCCCUAGAGAGGAAGUUCGGGGCGAUCUGCCGAGCUGUGGCGGUAAAGGUUGCUGAAGGUCACAGAGCCAACAAGACAGAGGCUUCAACCCCUGAGGGCCCGACACAGCAGGGGGACAAAGCAGCAGCGCCUCCUGAGAUGCCCAUAGUGAUUGACCACGUCGCCCUGAAAGACAUCCUGGGACCUCCUCUGUUUGAAAUGGAGGUGUCUGAGAGGCUCACCCUGCCUGGUGUUGCUGUGGGCCUGGCCUGGACCCCCCUUGGAGGAGAGAUCCUGUUCGUGGAGGCCAGUCGAAUGGAGGGAGAAGGUCAGCUCACUCUGACUGGUCAGCUGGGAGAUGUUAUGAAAGAAUCCGCCCAUCUGGCUAUCAGCUGGCUCAGAGCGAACGCCAAAACCUACCAGCUCACCAACAUGGCGGGGGGUCCAGACCCGCUAGAAGGGACAGACAUCCACCUCCACUUCCCUGCUGGAGCUGUCACCAAGGAUGGUCCCUCUGCAGGUGUUACCAUAGUAACCUGCCUAGCAUCGCUGUUUAGCGGCAGAUUGGUCAGAUCAGACGUUGCCAUGACAGGAGAGAUCACUCUAAGAGGGCUGGUGCUGCCGGUGGGCGGGAUCAAAGACAAGGUCCUGGCGGCCCACAGGGCAGGAGUGAAGCGCGUCGUCAUCCCUAAACGCAACGAGAAGGACCUGGAGGAGCUUCCAGCCAAUGUACGAGCCGACCUUGACUUCGUCACCGCCACAAACCUGAACGAGGUGCUAAAUGCUGCCUUCGAUGGAGGGUUUCCAGGAACAGCCAGUACCCACACACACCCUCAGCUGACCAGCAAACUGUAACACACUGAUAAAUGCACACACACACAGUGACAAUGUGAAGUCCUAACAGAGGAGAGAGUGUGUCAGCAGCUUGGAGCCUAAUGAGUCUACUGAUAUGCAGUUGCAGAAAAUGAGUUAAUGCAGUUAAUGUGCACAGCUGUAAUCCUGACAGUCAUGUUAUUGUUUUAAGAUUCUUUGCUGUUGUGAUCUUUAUGAUCAGAUUAUUAUUUUCCUAUUGAAGACAUAAUUUGAGGUAAAUCACGCUUCAAUCAGAGUCACACCCUGUGGGAGAAUUCACUUUACAUGUACAAGUGCACAACAACUCUGUCAUGUGACGUUCACUGGUACGGCAUCUUUGUAAAUCACAUAUUGGCAUUACAGACACAAAGACUAGAUUCAGGUCACGUAACAUCUGAGUGUUGUCAUGUUGGAGCCCUUCAGCGUUCAGCCUCAGUUUUGAAAGACUGACUGGCUGCACUUUUCUUUGAUAUUUGCAUUAUAGUAACAUCACUGCUACAGUCAAGUGGAGUGGAUGUGAGCUCAGUAAAGCCACAGCAAACAUUGUGCUAAUGGUUUGUGUAUGUGAUGAUGGAAUCUGGUGAGAUUUGUUCAUAUGGGCUGUUUGAAUGGCUUUGAUCAUCAUCAUAUUAGAUCAUACAGUAUCCCAUACUGAGGCACUGCCUGCCCGAGGUGUGGAAACAAUUUCUCUGGACAAAUAUUCUUAUGAUGACAAAAUCUUAAAGCCCAGUUCAGACCAAAGAUUUGCUAUAAGACGAGUUGAAACAGGCAGCUACUUGCAAUGCAAUGUUCCGCAACAUUCUGUAAACCUGCCAGUUCACACCAAUGCAACUAGAUGAGACAUUGUAUCAUCUCUAUGCAACAACUCUUUGUACUUCCUCCAGCCUUUCAGGCUUAUUUUGUGGCUGAAUAUAAUGUAUAGCUUCUGAAAACAUGGAUGAGGAUAGUGAUAGUGAGAUGCUGGCUACAGCUGCAUUUGUAGUAGUGAUGAAACGGCUGAAAACAGAGACAAGACCAGCAUCAGAUGGACUGUAUUCAUAAUAGAUACGCCACAAUAAUAUAAGUAAGCAACGAUAAUUAAUUAGUCAGUGAGAGUGUGUUUGUGUGAAGGGGGGCAUAGGCACAUACAGCAGGCAGCAGCAAUGACCCACCAUCCCAUUCGACAUCAGCACACCAUAAGGAAGGGAACAGAAGGCUCGGCAGGGAUGGAGCACUUGCCCCAGCAAGUGAACAUUCUGUCUGUGGUCAUUUUGACUUAACCAGUGGACUUCACCACAACCUGAUUGGCUGUAGAAACAGGAGACGAGUUUUACACUCUAAAACGAGCUGCCAGCAAUUUUCCCAGCUGAUUUACAGGUGACACCAUCAGCCGGCUUGAGUCGAGCUCAGACCGGCCAGUUCACACCGCUGCAACUUUUCUCUGCAACGUUCUGAAACUGUUUCAUCUUGUCGCGAAUCAUUGGUCUGAACUGGGUUUUAUAUCUUUCCCAUUAAAAGCUAUGGAGAAAGUGACCAAAUGCAGUCAAAGGUUGUCAGAGUAGUCAUAAAAACUGCAUGGAUAAAUAAGUUUUACACUGUCCCUUUAACCUCCAGUCAGUUUGUUGGAAAAAUAUUUUGUUAUAUUUCAUCACCUCAUUUUUUUUUCUAACUUCUUAAUAAGUUUAUUAGCAUUAGCUUGCUAACUGAAAUGCUGUAGCUACUGUAACAGUAAUGCUACAGCAGUAUACAGUGUACUAUAAACAGUAUUUGAUUAACAUGACGUGUGCUGGCUGGUUUAAUUGUGUGACGAACAUUAGCUUCAACCAGGUAGCUAGCUGCAUCAAUAGGCUGGUGCGCAGUUUGCGUAGCCACUUGUGUUUUCAGAUAAGCUAGCUAGCUUAAAAUUGCAGUAUGUAGGAUUUAGGGGGAUAUAACAGUUGCUGCGUUUGUGUUACCGUAGAAUGAGCUGUUACUAUCUACAUGGGGAUCCUCAGCAUCUGCCAUGUUGCACUGCCAUUUCUCUACAGUAGCCCUGAAUGGUCAAAACAACCACUGGCUCAAGAUAGAGCCUUUUGCGUUUUUGCCUUGGCCAUCAUAGUUAGCAGCCCCUCCGUGACGAGCAGCGUGAGAAAAACACAGAUUUUUUUUAAUGUGAAACUGGUUUAUUUCAGGUGAAGAGGAAGAGACCUCUACAGAUAAAUCAGCUCUUGGUAAAAACCUCCUGAACAAUGAACACUUAAGGAAUUCUAACUGGGAGUUCACGCUUGGCACACAGGAGAAGUUUCAGCUGGUUGCCAUCUGCAGUUCUCACCACUAGAUGCCACUCAAUCUGUCACACUGUUCCUUUAACAGUCUUCUCAAAGAAUGAAAGAUGCAAUUGUCCUUUUUUCACUCAAAUGAAUGGAGGUAAAGGAAAAAUUAUUAAGUUGUUUCAGACAGUGUUUGAAUCAUACUGACUUCUACUCAUUUCAGCACAGGGGUCAGAGGUCAGCGACAGGCAGAAGUAGGUCAGAUCUGUGUCUUGUUAGUGGUCUGUAGCCACAAUGCUGCACUUCCACAAAGGUGUUGACUAAAGAAUGGUUUAAAAUUCCUUUUAUCAGUAUGAAUGAUGGAUGCUGUAGAAAUCUGUAGCACUAAUGACUUUUAAAUACGACAUGUAUGAUUUCAUACUAAACCAAGAUGCGCCUGUGUCCGAUUAAGUAACUAAAAACUGUGAGUUGAAUUAAAGAUGCUUGAAACCUUGAGAAA